AUUGUGUUUUCAAAUUUUUUUUAUGCAUCUUUUUUGCAAAUUUAUUUCCAUGAAUGUACUUCUCACGUAAAAGGACGUCAUUAUAGUAAACUACAGUCGAGUUUGUAAGAAGUUGUUUAGUUUGAUCAGGAACGUGUGCGUGUGUGUGUGUGCAAUCAUCAUUUUGUAUAUAUAUCUCUUCAAUAAAUUAAACAAAUUAAGUACAUUAUGUUAAGACAAUUAAUUUUUGAAUCGAUACUUUUUCGAAUGUAAUAAUCUUUGUUUGAGUUUAACUGUAAUAAUCGAGUGUAAAAAGAAAAUGAAAAUGAAACGUAGUAGAUCUUUAUCACCUAAAGCUUCAAGUAGUGAAGAAGAUAUGAAACGUGUCAAAUUUGAAGAAAAUGAAAAGACAAAUGAUAUUAUAACACAUCCACAUGUAUUGGAUUUUUCUGACGAUGUUCUGUUGAAUAUAUUAAAAUAUCUGAGUCCUAAAGAUCUCAUGACAAUAAGUUUAUCUUGUCAACGAUUAGCCCAGAUAGUACAAGAUAAAACUUUAUGGAGAAGAGUGGAUUUUCGAGCAGCACCUAUAUUACUGAAUGACUUAAAAGAAUAUAUAAAAUUUCUUCAACCUAUAACAAUAACUCUUGCUAUACGUGGUGAUUUAUAUUGCGAGAAUGAUACAGAACUUAGUCUUUGCUUUUUUAAUUGCAUUAAAACUACAUGCAUUCAACUUAAAGAAUUAAUUAUUGAAGAGUAUUGUAUUAAUGGAGAUGAAAUUCAAAUAACAGAUUUUCCAAGAACCAUAGAAAAACUUUCAUUAGAAGGCUGCAAAAUUGAACAUUUGCGUAGUAAUAAAUCAUAUUUUUUCAGAAUGAAUUUCCAUAUGCCUAAUUUAACAUGUUUAAUUUUAAGCAAUUGUCAAUGGUUUACCCCACAUUCAUUAUUGGUCAUUAGUAAGAUGCCAAAGUUAAAGGAAUUAAGGCUAAAUUCGUGUCACCGUUUAGGUGAAUGCGUUGCAUACACUAGUUUAGCUACAAGAUUUGGAUUUAAGACAUUAGAAAUCCUUGAUUUGCGAGAUACAGCACUUGGUGACAGCGAAGUAGGAUGUUUCAGUUGUACUAAAACUUUAACACAUCUUUACCUGGAAUGUCCUUCCAGUUUACGAAAUGCAGAAUCAUCUGAUGAACUUCGACCCUUACAACGAGAAGCUUUGAAUCAACUUCCUGUAUAUGAAGAUGGAAAUCUUGCACAAUUUUUCGUGGAAGAUGGAUUCCGUUGGGAAAAUUAUAUGUUUGGACGUUGUCUAAUAACCGACAGAGCAAUUUGUGCUCUUGGAAGUGAUACGUGUGAUCGUAUAAUCAACAAUUCAGCAGAAGAAGUUAUAGUUGUAGAAGGAGAUAAACGGAUAUUUAAUAAUCCUCAUUUAAAAACACUGGUUGUUAGAAAUUAUCCUCAUGUUACAAAUUCGAGUCUUGUACAUUUGGCUUUAAAUGCAUCAAGUCUGGAGCAUCUGGAUGUAAGUGGAACAUCUGUUACAAGGCAAGGUGUUGAAACUUUCAAGUCACAAAGACCAAACGUUAAAAUAGUUACUUCUUUUGAUGAAACAUAGUUGUAACAAACUAUAAAUCUGUGAAUUUA